CUUUUUUUGUUUUGACAUUUGACUUUUAGGUGACAUGUUUUCGAAUUUUAACUAGAAAGUUAGAAAUAAAUACCUAUUUUUUAUUAUUUUCUGUUUUUCAGUUUAUUUUGUGUAAAAUAUAAUAAUUUAGCAAAAAAAAUGAGUGCUUCGGCAUCAACUGCGACAAUUUCUCAACAAGAUGAUCAAGAUGUUGAGGAUUUUGGACCUCAACCCAUAACAAAACUUGAAGGCAAUGGAAUAACAUCUGGAGACCUAAAAAAGCUCAUUGACGCUGGCUACCACACAAUCGAGUCCAUAGCUUUCGCCCCCAAAAAACAUCUGCUCACUAUUAAGGGAAUUUCGGAGGCUAAAGCCGAUAAAAUUUUAACGGAAGCCUCGAAAUUAGUGCCUAUGGGAUUUACUACAGCCACUGAGUUUCAUCAGAAGCGAUCCGAGAUUAUUCAACUCACAACUGGUUCAAAAGAAUUGGAUAAAUUGCUUGGUGGAGGCAUCGAAACUGGUUCUAUUACUGAAAUUUUUGGAGAAUUUCGUACUGGUAAGACACAGUUGUGUCAUACUUUAGCUGUUACAAGUCAGUUGCCAAUAGAUGCUGGUGGUGGUGAAGGGAAAUGUUUAUACAUAGACACGGAAGGCACAUUUAGACCUGAAAGGUUACUGGCUGUAGCAGAACGGUAUAAAAUGACUGGACAAGAUGUUUUAGAUAACGUUGCAUAUGCUAGAGCCUACAAUACCGACCAUCAGACCAGCUUGCUCCUACAAGCAUCAGCUAUGAUGUCAGAAUCGAGGUACGCUUUAUUGGUUGUUGAUAGCGCUAUGGCACUUUACAGGACUGAUUAUUCGGGUAGAGGUGAAUUAUCCGCUAGGCAGAUGCAUUUGGCUAGAUUUUUGAGGAUGUUGCUACGUUUAGCUGAUGAGUUUGGCGUGGCCGUUGUGAUCACCAAUCAAGUGGUGGCCCAAGUAGAUGGAGCCGCUAUGUUCAACGCAGAUCCGAAAAAACCUAUCGGCGGUAACAUCAUGGCGCACGCUUCUACCACCCGUCUGUAUUUGCGAAAAGGCAGGGGCGAAACGAGAAUGUGCAAAAUUUACGAUUCUCCUUGUUUACCGGAGUCCGAAGCCAUGUUCGCUAUUAAUCCUGAUGGUAUAGGUGAUGCUAAAGAGUAAAAGACUAGCUAGUUUUUUUUUAUUAUUCGAUUUAGGUACAAUACAGAAAUUCGAAAGUUGGUUAAACGAAGAUGAAGGUUUAACUGGGAUGUUUCUGUUCCAAUUGUAUGAGCAUUUAUAAUAUAUUGUUAAUAAAAUAAAUGAUUUUGAAUAGUGCCUUAAGAUAUCGAGUUAUUAGGUUA